UCCUUCGGCCGCGAUAGAGUUAAGCCUUCCGCCGAAGCUCAGAUCACAACGAUCACCGUCACGGGAGGCGAAGAUGGUGGCAGGAGAAGUAAAGAGGUUAGAGAUGAUGCAGAAUCUCUUCGGAGAUAACUCCGAGGAGGAAGAAGAAGAAGAGAUCGACUCCGAACAUGAGUCCAAUCCUCACCCCAACAACUAUCCUUCCGAUGAGGCUGAGGGAGGUGUGGAGCGUGGAGAAGAAGAAGGUGAAGAAGCUGUGGUUGAAGUGAAUUUGGAGGCUGAAUCUGAAGGGGAACAGGGCGAUGUAGAACCUGGUCAUGGAGAAAGCGAGGGUGAGAGAGAGCAAAGUUCACAGGAAGGUGCUGUUGCUGAACCAGCGAAGGAAAGCGAAGAAGAAGAAGAAGGAGACGUUGAAGACGUAAAUAUCCGGAAUGUGUUUGGAUCUUCUGAUGAUGAAGACGCAGAAGAAUAUGUUCGUAAUGACAUUGAGCCAGAUGAGCCUAGAUCGCCAGUUGAAGAUGAAGAGGGCUCAGAGAAGGAUCAGAGACCAGACGAUAUGAUGCUUGAUGAUGAUAUGGUCCCUGAAGAGGAUCCUCGCUACGAGUCAGAAGAUGAACGUGUUGAAGCUAGGCACAGGGACAGGGACAGGCCAGUUGGACCUCCUAUGGAAGUGGGAGUUCCUUUCCGCCCUCCUCCUGGUGAUCCUGAAAAGAUGAAUAUGAUAAAAGUUUCUAAUAUAAUGGGAAUUGAUCCAAAGCCAUUUGAUGCCAAGACAUUUGUUGAAGAAGACACGUUUGAGAGUGAAGAACCUGGAGGAAAGAUGCGUAUUCGUCUGGCUAAUAACAUUGUGCGCCAUAGGCUUGUUAAGGGUCGAGAUGGUAAAACAUAUAGUGAGAGUAAUGCUCGGUUUGUAAGGUGGUCAGAUGGAAGUUUACAGCUAUUGAUAGGAAACGAAGUUCUUGAUAUAACCGAACAAGAUGCACGACAAGACCAGAAUCACCUCUUAGUCAAACAUGAAAAGGGAAUCCUUCAAUCACAAGGAAAAAUUAUGAAGAAAAUGAGAUUUAUUCCAUCAUCUCUAACGUCGAAUUCACACAGGCUUUUGACUGCGCUCGUUGACUCGAGGCAGAAGAAGGACUUCAAAGUUAAGAACUGUGUUACUGACAUUGACCCUGAGAGGGAGAAGGAGAAGAGAGAAAGGAUGGAGAACCAAAACCUCAAGGCUAGUACAAAGCUGAGUCAAGCAAGGGAGAAAGUUAAGCGCAAGUAUCCACUUCCUGUUGCUAGGAGACAACUUUCCACUGGAUACUUGGAAGAUGCUCUCGAAGAGGAUGAAGAGACAGACCACUAUGGUUCACACCGCUCAAACCGUGGCUAUGAGGAGGAUCUUGAUGCCGAAGCGCAACGAGAACGAAGGAUUAUGAACGCCAAGAAGAGCCAGAAAGGCUUUCCAGGGAGGUCCUCAAUGUCUUCAGCGAGACCAACAAGGCGUCAAGAGUAUUCAGAGAGUGAGAGAGAGGAAUCAGAGUACGAGACUGAGGAAGAGGAAGAAGAGGAAGAGGAAAGGCCACGUUCACGUAAAAGAGUCAAGGAACCAGAAGAUGAGUAUGAGGAAGAGGAAGUAGAAGAAGAAGACGAAGAGGAAGAAGAAGCUGAGGGAGUGAGGGGAGAUAAGGACCGUGGUGGUAGUGGCCGGAAAAGGAAAGGGAUUGAGUCAGAUGAGGAGGAGGAGUCUCCUCCGAGAAAAGCUCCGACUCAUCGUCGUAUGGCCAUGGUUUACGACAGUGAUGAAGACUAAAACUUCUCAUCUAUCUUUCACUCUCCCAUUUCAUUAUAUGCAGUCUUGAACCAGACUCGUUUUAUUUUAAUUAAAGUUUUAGUUAAAUUGAAAUAUCACCAAAUCGUGAGGGUGAGGGUUGGAUUGAUCAUUUUGUAAUUCAUGUAUUAUUGGUUGAAGAUAAUAAACGGUGUGUUCCCUUCUGUAAAUGUAAUAAAAUCAUUUGCAUACUGAGGUA